UCCACUUGCUGGAGACGUAGAUCCGGGCUUGCAGGCAGUCAAGCUGAUUAACCGAUGCACGAAAAACACUAAGUAGUUGUUGCUGGAAAGCGUCUUGUUUAAUUCUCGCAGUAAUUGACGUUUGAAGUAGCUAUUUCCACAAGGAGCUGUUUUAUCAGUUGAAAGCCAAGAUGGCGACAGCACCAUACAACUACUCCUACAUCUUCAAGUAUAUUAUUAUUGUUAUGGCAGAUUGCCCUCAUACAAUUGGUGUAGAAUUUGGUACAAGAAUAAUUGAAGUUAGUGGACAGAAGAUUAAACUCCAGAUUUGGGAUACAGCGGGACAGGAGAGAUUUAGAGCUGUUACACGGAGCUACUACAGAGGGGCUGCAGGAGCACUUAUGGUUUAUGAUAUUACCAGAAGAAGCACAUACAACCAUUUAAGUAGCUGGCUGACAGAUGCACGGAACCUCACUAAUCCAAAUACUGUGAUAAUUCUUAUAGGAAAUAAAGCAGAUCUGGAAGCUCAACGAGAUGUAACAUAUGAAGAAGCUAAACAAUUUGCUGAGGAAAAUGGGCUUUUAUUCCUGGAGGCCAGUGCAAAAACAGGAGAGAAUGUUGAAGAUGCAUUCCUUGAGGCUGCCAAAAAAAUUUACCAGAACAUCCAGGAUGGCAGCUUGGACCUCAAUGCAGCAGAAUCUGGUGUACAGCACAAACCUUCAGCUCCACAGGGUGGACGACUAACCAGUGAGCCCCAGCCUCAGAAGGAAGGCUGUGGCUGCUAGAAAACUUUUGCCUGCAGUUUUUAUUUCUGACCUUUCACCUCUGACAGGCAGUAUUUUACUGCUUUUUGUUGUCUUUACAUCUCAUUGAGUUUGAUUAAAAAACUCGCUGCUGAGACAACAGUUUAACACAGUACUAAAAAUUCAUCACUAAACACCUUUAGAAAUUAUCAGGUUAUCAGAAACUGUUAGAGUAAUAAUAAAGGAAACUUCUCCUGCAUGGUAUAAUCUUGAAUUAUAUAUUUUUUAUUUGUCCUUGUUAUAGUUCUAUACCACCAGUCCAUGAAUUUCCAGUGUCAUUUAAGGAGUAAGAGCUGGGUUUUUUGUUUGGGCUGGGGGUAUUUCAUUUUACAGUUUUGUAUUAAAGCUUUCCCUCAUCUGCUGUCAUUCUGAUUUGACAAUAAUAAAAGAAAAUUUUGCUGUGAAAGCUUAAGAACCCCCUACUGAAAUGUUUGAAAUUAUACCCCUCAGAAUAAUCUGUCAACUGUUUCUUGCAGAGGUUUAUUUGUCUUAAAUUUCCACAGGGAAGUUAUAUAUUUUUCUUUUCCUUGUGCCGAAUAGCUUUAUCUUGCAUAAUGCCAUUUUAUCAUUUACAUUUAUUAAUAACGUAAAUAUGUAUAAAAAUCUGAAGGGAACGUGAGCUAACAUUUGAAUACAUUCUGUGUAUAUGAUUUUAAUGAAGAAAAUUGAUUCUGCUGGCACUAUUGCAUAACUAGGUUGUAAAAUAUGCCCAUGUGACCUACAUAUUGUGUGUUUAGCACAGCAACAUUUAUAAGUUAAAUUUUACAAAAAAAAAACAAGAUUUUCUUUGACACUAGUUGAGUUUCUGAUAGAAAUAUAUUUGUUCCAUCAUUGCACUGUGGUAUACCUAUGCUGUUUAUAAAUCCUGUUGUUGCGCUGUCAGCUGUGUGUUUAACAUGCUUUUUCCUCUUCUGUAAAUGUCUUGUAUUAUGGGGCUGUAUUUUUCUGCCUUACAUUGUAUAAAGAGGCUGGGGUAAUUAUUGCACACUUAUGCUUUUAUAUAUGAACGUUACCUUAAAAGGUACACUUACUCUAGAAACAUUGUAGUACUACUGCUGUAGGGGGAUUUUGUAACUAAACAUUUGUGCAUUUUAAACACUACAGUUUGCAUUUUUUUAACAAUCCUGUCUUUCUAAGUUGUCCCCACUCCUUUGUUCUAUUUAUUUUUUUUUUGUACAAGAGUAGCAGUUUUUGUUUUGAACAUACUGCUUUAACUUCACAAUGAAUAAAUGUAACAUAACCCUGUCGGACUCUCAAACCACUGAGUUGUCUGUGUACUUAACUGAAAUACGAGUCAGAAGUUGAGUUUAAGCAGCAUCUUCUAAAUAGUUAAUGGCUUGUAGCUGCAGUGUUAAAUGCAAAACAUAGUUUCAAAAUCCCUCUAAGAGGCAGUAAAAAAUGUUUGUUACAGCAUUUGACAGGUACCAGAAUACUGUAAAUGUGAACAUUGAAAACGGUUUAUGUAGAAUUGGGAGUGAGCUAGUUAAUGUGCAUUGUUCUUUGUUUACUUAUGUCUAGUCUGUUUUAAAGUUAAACUAAAGAAAAAUCAGGAAGGCACCAAUUUAUGUAUUUUAUUACAUUUUCAAUCUUAAAUGUGUGCCUGUAAUAAGGCAUUUGCCCAGGGACCAUGGCCUGUUAAUGAAAUAAACAUGUGAUAGACAAGGACUUGAAAAUCA